AUGAGGGAGGGUGAGGUGUUUGCAAAGCAGAUAUUAAUGCUAACAUAUACGAUCAUAUACAUCAGAUUUGUAAGGGAUAAGUCCAUCCUCAAUGGCAUCCUCCCACUUUUGCUAAUAUCACUGGCGAAAUUUGCAAAUAACGUAGAGUAUACAUAUUUUGAUGUUGAGACACCCCAGGAUACCGAAUUGACUCUAAAAGAGCUAUUAGGAAAGACACUACAUGUGUUACAUUUGUUAAUUAUUUUUCAGAGCAUAUACACUAUACUUUACCAUAGUUUCCUAAAUUUGGAAACAGACGUUUGUCGCUACAAUUAUGGAUAUUUGUUUACUGAUCUUCUAGGGGAGUUUGACUGUGAAAGAAGAGGAAGGACAAUGCUAUUUGUUCUUGACUUUGUGUUGUUAACGUGUGAGCUCCAGGUUACGACGGACUGUUUAACUCGUUUGAAAAAUGGCAACCAUGUAAAAAUUGAAUUGCUACCUGUUGAACGUUACGGGAUAUUUUCAAUUUUAAGGGCAAAAACUACAGGGCUAAAUGCAACCGAAUGGGAGUUGACCGUUUAUUCACCAUUGCGUAGGCUUGGGCGGGACCUUAGCAGUAGUCGCACAAUAGGGGAAAUUGACUACGGGAGUGUACGUUAG